CAGCGGCAGCUACUUCCGGCCACGCCCUCAAAGCCACUAGCCCCGCCCCGCGGCUCGGCCUGCUUCUCUCUCUCACCUGAUUGGUGGCCGGAGCGGAGGCCGCGCCUGCGCAUUGAGCCCCUUCGUGGCUGUCCUCCCCGCGCCGUUCCACUUACGCAUGCGCAGUUUUGACGGUCCGCUCCGCCAGGGGGCGGGGCUUGAAGUCCGCAUGCGCAUUGAGCGCCGGCGGCGGGCGGAAGUAGUUCGUUGCGGUCUGCGCUUGCGCGGUCGGUGCCGGCCCGCGGCCCCGGGGUAAGGCCCGAAGCCCGCGGCCAGCCGCGCCCCCGGCCCGGCCCUCCCUGACAGCGCAGCCCCUGGGCUCCCCUUCCAGCUCUGCGGUCACCAUCCCCCACCCCAGUUCCCAUCGAAGCCGUGGGGCAGAGCCAUGGAGAAGUUUGGCAUGAACUUCGGAGGCGGCCCAAGUAAGAAAGAACUUCUGGAAACGAUUGAAUCGCAGAAGAAGCAGCUUCUUAAUUACCAGGCUCGGCUGAAGGACGUCGUGGUGGCCUACAAGAGCCUCAUCAACGAGAAGGAAGCCUUGGAAGCCAGCUUGAAGGUGUUGUCCGCGUCUCACGAGGCCGAUGUUGGCCUGAGCGGCGCCCAGCCUGCGUCCGUGGCGGCCUGCAGCCAUUCCGUCGCCGACUCCGCUGAUGACAAGAGCUCGGUUCACAGCGAGGACAGCGUGGGGACGGCGACCAGCGCAGACACGGCCGCCAGCUUGGCCAGCGCUAAGGGCGAGCAGGGCGCUGAGGAUGAUAAACCCGCAGCAGCCAGCCCAGCUCUUAAAUCGGAGGAGACGAACGGUUCGGAGAGCGGCGUCAGCACGAGCAGCGGGGACGUUCCCCCCGCUGGCAGCGAGGCUGAUAGGAGGGUGCUCCAGCUGAAGACCCAGCUGGCCACCUUGACCAGCGCCCUGUCAACGGUCACGCAGGAGAAAUCCCGCAUGGAAGCCUCGUACCAAGCCGACAAGAAGAAGAUGAAGCAGGACCUGGAUGACGCCGUUAAAAAAGCGGAGGACGAGACCGACAAGUUGGAGACGGAGCUGAGGUCCGUCCAGGAGCAGCUCGCCGAGACCAAAGCCCGCCUGAUCACGCAGCAGCACGACCGAGCCCAGGAGCAGAGCGACCACGCCGUUAUGCUGCGAGAGCUGCAGAAACUGCUGCAGAGCGAGAGGGCUUUGCGGCAGGACGCCGAGCUGAAGCUGGAGGAGACCAGGGAGGCGCUGGCCGGCCGGGUGUGCAUGGCCGACCGUGCAGAGGGCUACGAGCUGCAGAUCAAGCAGCUGAGCCAGGAGGUGGAAGACCUGAAGAGAGAGCUGCAGGCUGUUCAGGAGGAGAGAAAGAAGCCAGACCCCCGGGUGCAGGAUCUGCAGGAGGAGAUGGCCAACCUGAAGAGCCACUUCCAAGCGCAGCUGCUGCAGGAGAUGAGGAAGACUGCACAGGCGGAGGAGCAGCUCAGGCAGCACGCGCAGAUGGAGGAGCAGCGCGUGGCCGACCUGGAGGGGCAGGUCUCCGAGGUGUCGGGGCUGCUGGGCACUUACGAGAAGGCCAAGCAGAAGGACCAAAUGGUCAUCCAGAAGCUGAAGGACCGCAUCGUGCAGCUGGAUCAGGAGAACAAAACCCUGGCCAUCGCGGCCUCCAGCCGAUCCCCUGCUGACAUAAACGUGGAAGAAGCCAAUCUGGAUGUGAACGUUCUCAAGGAUAAGAUGGAGAAGCUGAAGAAGCUGCUGCAAGCGGCAGCAAAGAAGAGUCAGCCCAUGCUGGACAUCGAGAAGCUGUGUGAGCUGGAGAUGCCAAAGGGCACCGAGGCCGGGGAUGGUGAGAAGGCCACAGCUCUGUACUAUCAGCAGGAGCUGAAGCAGCUGAAGGAAGAGUUUGAAAGGUACAAGAUGAGGGCACAAGUGGUUCUCAAGAACAAGUCAGCCAAAGACGGCAAUCUGGCCAAAGAACUGGAGGAAGCUCAGGAGCAGCUGGCUGACCUGAAGGAGAAAUACGUGAUGCUCCAGCUGUCCUCCGAGGAGGUGGAGAAGCAGCACCAGCUGGACAUGGAAGCCAAGAGGCAAGAGUUCUCCCAGCUGCAGCAGCUGCACAGGCAGGAGCUGGAGCGCUGCCAGCUGGACUAUCAGGAGCGGGCGCUGAAGCUGGAGGAAGAGAUGCACAAGCAGCGGGACCGGGCGCUGGCGGUGCUGGCCGAGAAGGACCAAGAACUGGAGCAGCUGAGAGCCGUCAUGUUGCCUUACACCGGGCUCCAGGGCUCUAAGAACUACAUGACUCCGGGGACUGACACAGCGAGCGGGGACCCCCCGACCGAUGGCACCGCAGAGAUCCUCCCCCAGGCUCUCCACCUCUCCGCCAACGCGGAGCCCACCUUCAUCCUGUACGCGGAGCAGCUGGCCCGCAAGGAGGUGGAGAUCGUAGCGCUGAGGAAGCAGAAGCACAAGCUGGAAAUGCAGGUUCACCAGCUCCAGGAGAAAGUCUUGGUGGAGGAGGAGAGGCACCGGGAAGAGGUGUCAGCGCUUCAGAACGAAAUCCAGAAGAACUUCAGAGAUAAGAGCAGAGAGGGAGCCAACCUGGAGUACCUCAAGAACAUCGUCUAUAGGUUUCUGACGCUGCCGGAUUGCCUCGGCCGCCAGCAGACUCUCACUGCCAUACUGACUAUUCUGCACUUCAGCCCGGAGGAGAAGCAGGCUGUCAGGAAGCAGUCAGCGCACAGUAGCUGGUGGCUGUCGGGGAAGAGAUGAGGUGGUGGUCGUGGUCACCCCCCACCGCCGCUGUCUGGGAACAGCUUCCCGCUGAGCUCACCCUGCCUGCCACCUGGGGCAGCCCCUCUCCAGCAGCAGCAGAGCAGGGAGCUCCCGGCACAGAACCGGGCUUGAGCUGGUGCAGUCGGCACGGAUGUAAAGGGGAAUUGCGCCGACCCCUCUGGUAGGAUCACAGCCCCGUGGGCAUGGCAGCUCUGGGGACCAGCAGAGGACACUCGUUGGGGGGCUGUCUUGGGCAGACCAGGAACUCUCUCCCCAGUUCCAUGUGUUUUCCGGGGGGGGAUGCUCUGAGCCCUGUAGUGAAGCGUCCCAUCCCCAGCCAGGAGAGGCCGCGUACGGUUCUGCUGGGGCAGAGACCUCGGCUGCCGACCUGGCAGAGAUGGGGGAGGGCUGAAAUCAGCACCGACUGCUCAGCUGUCGUUUGUGAGCCAAGUCUGGGAGCUUUGCUGAGCUGUAGGAUGUUCUGCAGCGCCGUGGGAGCAAGGCAUGGUCCCGUGGGGGUGGAAGACGCAGAGGUGAGGGGCAGCUCGGGGAGCAGCGUGUGCCCUGGUCUCACCACUGAGCCUGUGGGGUGCAGUAAGCGCUGCUGAUAGAGCCCGAGGUUAUUGCAUCAGUUCCCUGCAAGGAGGAGGAAGGCUUGGUGCACCAUGGCACGGCCAGUGUUGGCAUUCCUGCUGUCUGCAGCUCUGCUCAGGAGCUGUUAGCUCCGCGCUGCUCAGCCCUGACUCAGUGGGAAGACGUCUGCACGUGCGUUUUACACCAGGUUGUGAGGGCAAAGCCAGGUCUGUGCGUUGGGUGCGAGCAGGCGCUGCUAGAAGGGUCGGGGGGAACAGCAGAGGGGGAUGGCUCAGGCAGCGCUUCCUCACCCCCCUUCCCCUCAGAGCAGGAAAGGGGCAGCCCCACAGCACAGGAGCUGCCAGAGGAGGGUCCUGGUGCUGCUGUCGGCUCCGUGCAGCUCUCACAGCACGCUUCCUCCCUCUGCUCUCUCAUGGCCCCUGUCCUGACUCCCCUCCAUCCCUCGGCCCUUCCUGCACAUUUCUCCCUCUUUUCAUUCAGCCAACGCCCUCCGAAAUAAACUUGAAUCUCUACGUA